GAGUAAUAUAAGGCAGGGGUAUAACAAUAAUGUUUGCGUAAGUAACUAAUGCAACGAAGUAUUUGCUAACGCGUGCAGGGAAAGUUUUGUGGCGUGGCACACGCGCGACACAGUGCCCGUGAGAUUUGUCGGCUUCUAGCACCGUCAAGGUGAUUGUCGGAGGCCACCAGUAUUACCACCAUCCAUACCAGUUUCAUAUUUAUUGUGGCCCAACCUCCAUCGUUGCGUAACCACUGUGAUAUUUCGACUUCUCGAAAAGUGCAUAAGUGUGUUGUAUUUACAGAUGGGGAUGUUGUUCCGCGUGUUAUGCUUGUGUGCGGUAGUGGCGCCAUCUGUGACGUUUCCCUAUGACCCGCAAGACGAAUUACUAAAGAUGGUGCUGCCAUCUAGUGGGAAGUUUGAAGCUUUUUAUCCCAAUGUAGCGCACGGCGUACCGAACGGUUCGUCCCGGCCUGCGCAUGGGCAUGGUAGUUUCUAUAAACACCGCAAUCCGGCGCUAGUUGACGUAAAGAAUUCUGCGGCGUAUGGCUUCCGGUUUGAUGGUAAGAGGAGAUUCAAUUUCGACGAUGAAUAAGUUAAUCUCAUAUCAGAUUUGUCAGAGA